AUGGAUAAGCUCUUCACAAUUGACUCAGUGUUGAAUAUGUUGGAUGAAAAUACUCCACAAAGUGAUCAGUUCUGGCCCGAUGAAAUACAGAAUGAAGUUGAAGUUGAAUCAAAAUCGGUAGAUCAAGUCAUUAUAGAAAGCCUUAAGCUGAUUAAUGAAAAUGAAGAUCCAAAAUCAGAUGAAGAUUUUCCUUGUCAAGAUGAUGAUGUUGAUGACAGAGCAGAUGAGACAUACAUCCCAGAAUCAGAAACCUCUGAUAGCGAUAGUGAUGAAAAACAUGUGUCAUUUCAAAGUGAUCUUGUUCCGCAAGAGGUUCCAAUAGCUGGCCCCUGUGAUCAAGAAACAACAAGAUCUAGGAAAAGAAAGCGGGACCCGUCUCAAUGGCAACGAAAUGUUCGACAUCGCAGGAGGGUUAAAGGCGAGUCAUAUGUAACCCGUCGAGGGAAACGGGUACCACAAAAAGGACCAAAGCCAGUAAACUGUCUGAACUGUCGAUUCAAGUGUAGUACGUUGUUUAAUGAAGAUGAAAGAAAACGCAUUUGUGGUGAAUAUUAUGCUUUGGCUGAAAAUGCAAGACAGAAAGAUUUUUUAUGUAAACGUGUGAAAGUUUUAAAGGUCCAUCAACAUCGUAGUAGGCAUAACAAAAGCAAGAAGAACAAAUCAUGUGAAUACUCAUUUGUGAAACACUGUAGCGAAUAUCGAGUAUGUAAAAAGUUUUUUCAGAGCACUUUAAAUAUAGGCCAUUCAGCAAUCACUACAGCAAUCACAUCCAUUGAUUCCUCUGGCAAUUAUUCUAGCGAUGAUGGCACACCAGCAAAGACACCAGGGAACAAGAUCAAGCCUGAAAGGAUCGCAAAUGUUAAGACCCACAUCACAUCCUUUAAACCUGUUGAAUCUCACUACUGUCGGAAACAGACAAAGGCUCAUUACCUUCAAUGUGAUUUGACCAUCAGUAAAAUGUAUGAUCUCUAUGUCAACGACUUUUGUCCAAGAAUGUCGAUAAAUGAUCCAAUCUCAAGCAGCAAGUAUAGAGAAGUUUUUCUCAAUGAUUUCAACUUGAGAUUCUUCAGACCUGAAAAGGAUCAUUGUUCCAUAUGCAAUGGCUAUUAUAAUGCAGUAGGUGAUGAUAAAGAAAGUCUUAAAUCAGAUUGGGAAGAGCAUAAAAGGCGUGAAAAUGAGGCCUUAGACGAAAAAAGGCAUGACAAAGAACAAGCCAAAUUAGACAAAUCCUUCCGUUCAAUAUCAUUUGAUUUACAGGCCGUUCUGAAUUUACCACAUGCUGGAGACGCACAAAUUUACUAUAAGCGAAAACUCUCAGUGUAA